CGCACCGGCGGCGGCAGCAUCAUCACCUGGCGCUGCGGCGGGGCGGGGCGCGGCGCUGCGUUGUCUGCGGCGCGCUGCAGCCCCGGGCGCUGGUUGGCGGCUUAAAGCAGCGGAGCCGCCGCCGCAAGGGGCGUUCAGGGCAGUUGGGGCCGCAGCCGCGAGGGGUGUGCAGAGCAGUUGCGGCCGCCGUCGCGCGCACUGCUCGGCAGCGCAGGGAGCAGCCAUGGAGGGGAAGCAGCAGCAGCCUCCUCAGCGGGAGCCGGGCCCCGGCGAUCUGAAGGUGCCGGGGGCCGCGGGCGAAGAGCCGCGCUCCGAGGGGAAGGAUGCGGGCGCCGACGCGGUGGGCAGACCGCUGGGACCCACGCCGAGCCAGAGCCGCUUCCAGGUGGACCUGGUGGCCGAGGCGCCCCGCAGGGCCAACGGAGACGGCGGUACGGCGGGGAAGGGCAGCGAGGAAGCCAAGGGCCGCUUUCGGGUGAAUUUCGUCGACCCGUCGGCCGGCGGCGAGAGUCCUAGCGAGCCCGGUGGCGGCGGCAGCUCGGAGGGCGCCAACGUCAGCUUCCAGAACGGCGGCGACACGGUGCUGAGCGAGGGCAGCCUGCACUCCGGCGGGCACCACCACUACUACUACGACACCCACACCAACACCUACUACCUGCGCACCUUCGGCCACAACACCAUGGACGCCGUGCCCCGCAUCGACCACUACCGCCACACGGCCGCCGAGCUGGGCGAGAAGCUGAUCCGGCCCAGCCUGGCCGAGCUGCACGACGAGCUGGACAAGGAACCCUUUGAAGAUGGCUAUGCAAAUGGAGAGGAAGGAAUGCCAGCUGGAGAUGCAGCUGCUGCUUACCAACCUGACAGCAAAGGGAUAGUUAAAUUUGGUUGGAUAAAAGGUGUAUUGGUACGAUGUAUGUUAAAUAUUUGGGGUGUGAUGCUCUUCAUCAGACUAUCGUGGAUCGUAGGACAAGCUGGAAUAGGUCUGUCUGUCGUUGUUAUUGCAAUGGCCACUGUUGUGACAACUAUUACAGGAUUGUCUACUUCAGCUAUAGCCACAAAUGGAUUUGUAAGAGGAGGAGGAGCAUAUUACUUAAUUUCCAGAAGUUUGGGACCAGAGUUUGGUGGAGCCAUAGGUCUAAUUUUUGCAUUUGCCAAUGCUGUUGCAGUAGCAAUGUAUGUUGUUGGCUUUGCAGAAACAGUUGUGGAGCUCCUUAAGGAAAAUGGAACACUGAUGAUCGAUGAAAUGAAUGACAUUAGAAUCAUAGGAGCCAUCACCGUGGUUAUAUUGCUAGGUAUUUCUGUUGCAGGAAUGGAAUGGGAAGCAAAAGCACAGAUAGUCUUAUUGGUGAUCCUCAUACUUGCUAUUGGAGACUUUGUAAUAGGAACAUUUAUUCCUUUGGACAGCAAGAAGGCUAAAGGUUUCUUUGGUUAUAAAGCUGAAAUAUUUAUGGAGAAUUUUGGACCAGAUUUCCGAAAUGAGGAAACUUUCUUCUCUGUAUUUGCUAUUUUCUUCCCUGCUGCAACUGGCAUACUUGCUGGUGCAAAUAUCUCAGGUGAUCUUGCGGAUCCUCAGUUAGCCAUACCUAAAGGAACACUGUUGGCCAUCUUGAUUACUACGUUGGUUUACAUGGGAAUUGCAGUAUCUGUAGGCUCCUGUGUUGUUCGAGAUGCCACAGGGAACAUUAAUAACACCAUUAUCACUGAGCUGACAAAUUGCACUACUGCCGCUUGCAAGUUAAACUAUGAUUUCUCAUCCUGUCACACAAAGUGUCACUAUGGGCUGAUGAACAAUUUUCAGGUGAUGAGCAUGGUGUCAGGAUUUGCACCGUUGAUUUCUGCAGGCAUUUUUUCAGCCACCCUGUCAUCUGCAUUAGCAUCUCUUGUGAGUGCACCUAAAAUCUUCCAGGCUUUGUGCAAGGAUAACAUCUAUCCAGGAUUUCAGAUGUUUGCUAAAGGCUAUGGGAAGAACAAUGAACCACUGAGAGGAUAUCUUCUAACAUUUUUAAUUGCUCUUGGAUUCAUACUAAUCGCUGAACUGAACGUCAUUGCUCCAAUUAUCUCUAACUUUUUCUUGGCUUCUUAUGCCUUGAUUAACUUCUCUGUAUUCCAUGCUUCUCUUGCAAAAUCUCCAGGCUGGCGUCCUGCUUUCAAAUACUACAAUAUGUGGAUUUCUCUUGUUGGAGCCAUUCUGUGCUGCAUUGUGAUGUUUGUCAUUAAUUGGUGGGCUGCACUUCUAACGUAUGUCAUAGUCCUUGGACUCUACAUUUAUGUCACUUACAAGAAACCAGAUGUGAACUGGGGAUCAUCAACUCAAGCUUUGACUUACUUAAAUGCAUUACAGCAUUGUAUUCGUCUAUCUGGAGUGGAAGAUCACGUGAAAAACUUCAGGCCACAGUGCUUAAUUAUGACAGGUGCCCCAAAUGCACGUCCAGCUUUACUUCACCUUGUCCAUGCUUUUAACAAAAAUGUGGGCUUGAUAAUCUGUGGCCAUGUACAUAUGGGUCCUCGGAGGCAAGCUGUGAAGGAGCUAUCAACUGAUUCAGCCAAAUACCAGCGAUGGCUAAUUAAAAACAAGAUGAAGGCUUUCUAUGCACCAGUGCAUGCGGAGGAUUUGAGGGCUGGGGGACAGUAUUUAAUGCAGGCUGCUGGUUUGGGUAGAAUGAGACCUAACACUCUUGUUGUUGGAUUUAAGAAAAACUGGAGACAAAGUGACAUGAGAGAUGUUGAAACCUACAUUAAUUUAUUCCAUGAUGCCUUUGACAUUCAGUAUGGUGUGGUUGUCAUCCGCCUAAAGGAGGGCUUAGACAUUUCUCAUCUUCAGGGGCAAGAAGAGUUACUGUCAUCCCAAGAAAAAUCUCCAUGUUCCAAGGAUGUCAUAGUAAAGGUGGAUUAUAGCAAGAAGGCUGAGACAGACACUUCUGUAGCUUUUGUUCCAUCGUCUAGUGAGAGAACUCCUGCUCUGCAUAAAGAGGAGGACGAGGAUGGAAAGACUCCAACACAACCACUGUUGAAAAAAGAUUCAAAGAGCCCGUCUUCUCCUUUAAAUUUGGCUGACCAAAGACUUCUUGAUGCUAGUAUUCAGUUCCAGAAGAAACAGGGCAAAAGCAAUAUUGAUGUCUGGUGGCUCUUUGAUGAUGGAGGUUUGACACUGUUGAUUCCGUAUCUUAUUACAACGAAGAAAAAAUGGAAAGAGUGUAAGAUCAGAGUGUUCAUUGGUGGAAAAAUAAACAGGAUUGAUCAUGACAGAAGAGCGAUGGCUACCCUGCUCAGCAAGUUUCGGAUAGACUUCUCAGACAUUAUGGUUCUUGGAGAUAUUAAUACUAAGCCAAAGAAAGAAAAUAUUGCAGCUUUUGAAGAAAUGAUAGAGCCCUUCAGACUUCAUGAAGAUGAUAAAGAACAAGAAGUUGCAGAUAAAAUGAAGGAGGACGAACCAUGGAGGAUAACAGAUAAUGAACUUGAGCUUUAUAAAACAAAGACUUACCGGCAGAUCAGGCUAAAUGAGUUGCUCAAAGAACAUUCAAGUGCAGCUAAUGUAAUUGUAAUGAGUCUGCCAGUUGCACGAAAAGGUGCAGUUUCUAGUGCACUAUACAUGGCCUGGUUAGAAGCUCUUUCGAAAGAUCUGCCACCAGUUCUCCUCGUUCGUGGGAAUCAUCAGAGUGUUCUUACCUUCUAUUCCUAAGAGUACUGCACAUGAGACAGCUGCAAGGACAUGGUACUUAAGUGCCCCGGGAAGAGUGACUGAUGUGGUCUAUAGAUUAUUAACAUCACAAAGGCAAAAAGUGACUCUUCUUUCACUAUUUCACUGACUUGAAAGCACACAAGGAAAGUCAAUGUAUUUCUAAAGUUGUGACAUCUUCAGUUUUAUUCUAUAUUUUCUGUAAUUUAAUCUUGCUUAAUGGGGGAGGAUUCCUUGUUAGACUGAAGAACAAGGCAAGCUUUUUGUUUGCUAUUUGAAUAGCAGCAAUAAAAGUGUUUUAUUUUUAAUCAAUGAAAGGAUUAUAGAUUUAUAAAAGCCUUUUAGCCUUGAGGUGCCUUCUGAAAUUAACCAAAUCUCAUCCAUACAUCCUACUUUGUAAAUUUAUAUAGAAUGUCAAAAUCUGCCUUCAACUAAGACUUUAGAUCAGACUUUCUUUAGUUUUUAGUCUCUUCCAUAUUACAAUAAAAAUGAAUGCUGCUUUUCGGUCUUCCAUUGAGCUAUUAGUUCUUAGUACUGUAUGUUUUCUAAUGUCAGAAAGUUUUGUUGAUUUUUUUUUUAUUAUUAUUAUGUCUGUUAGAUUUUAAAUAAAGGUGAGAAUUGGGGCAGGUCAGUUGAACAAAGACAAAUCCUUGAUGUUGUCUGGACUUUGUUUUACUUUAACUGUUACAAAAUUUAAUUCUGUUUCAAAAUAAAACUGUACUGUUAGAGAGGACCCUUUUUUUUUUUUUUGAAAUUUGACACUGUGGUCUUCUUUGGCAUUAGUCUGAAACACACAGCUGAAGUUAGCUAAUGGUGGUGAAGGCUGCUGUAUAAAUCUGUAGUUCUAACAUGAAACAAUUCAUCUUGCAGACUAAGGCCAUUCACCUCCUUAAAAAGUGGAAGGAAGGUCCUGUCCUAGUUCCUGGCCGAUUGAUGUUUUGGUGUCACUUAGAACUUAUUUUGAAACAGAACUCAACUUAAGGCUUAAAUGGGGAUAAUAUGAGCAACGUGAUACUAUCUAACAGAAAACAGUAAACACUAUGUGGAAUCUUGCUAUCCAAAAAAAAAAAAAAGCAAAAGCUAAAGUUCGCUCGCAUUUCUCAACAAAUGGUUAAAAGGACCACUAGUUACUAGGGGAGAUGUUUUUAGUCAAUUCAUUCAGUUGUCAGAAAAUAUAGCUAGUCUUAUUAAAAUAUACUCAGGUUUGAUCAUCUACCAGGUUAGAUUUUUUCCAUGCAUUCUACUUUAUACAUUUUCUAUGUUCAAUCAAGAAACUGCCAAUCCUGUGUGCCCUCUCAUUGUAUGUUUCGACAACUUCAUAUUUUAGUCUACUAUAUGAACACCUACACAAGAAAUUAUACUUGGGCCUUUAUACAGAGGUUAGUAAUGUGAACUGUUUUUUAAAUUCCUAUAUAUUUUGGAUAGAAAGGAUUGCCUAAAAACAUUUCACAAGCUUUUGAUAUUAGUGUUGGACAUGCUAAGAGAUCAGUUUACCAGUGCUUCAGUGACUUUCAUUUAAGGAUGCACAGAAAAGUUGUAUUAUGCUAAAUACAAGAUCUAAUUAAAAUGUAUCUGUUCCUUUUGAAGAAUAAAGCAAUUAGUCAUUGUGUGGCAACAUAAAGCUUCAAGUUAUGAUUCAAGAUAAAAAAUAUAUAUUCUACAUGGUGCAGUAUACACUGUCAAUUUCUUGGUGAACUGCAAAGUUGUUUCCAUUAUUUCAUCAAUUGGAUUUAAGUCUAUUGAAUCAUUUCACCUAAACAAGAACAUGCAUGUUUUGCUGCUAAGUGUGAGAUAACUGAUGCCAGCAUGAACCCAGCUUCUUACAAUAAAAAUUAUGGUAAGACAGUUUGCAGUAAGAGUCCUACUUCCUUCUAAGUGAGGGGUGGAAAUUCAAGUUAGCAUUGUGUCUAUUACAGGUUUCACUGUGGUUUUUGGGGAAUAUGAAUGUCACAUUGUGAAUAAGGAAUCAUUGCCAUGUUUCUUCUUGUUUUGUGGGUUACACUCUAUUGAACAGAUGGACAGUAAGGCAUAGACUUAGUGCUGCUAUCUUAAAAAAUAAAAUAAAAAUUGUGCACAGGUACACUUAUUUAAAAGGUUUUUUGCCCAUUCAGGAAACCAUUGCUUGUGAUCUGUAACACAAACCAAAUGAAGUGUGUGUAUACAUGCAUAUAUGUGUAUAAAAUUAUAUAAAAUAUAUCUAAAUAUGCAUAUGGGGAUAGUUAGGGUGAUGUCUGUGAAAUACUAUAGGAUGCUUUUCACAUAUGCACUCUCAGAAGUCCACUAACGCUAGGCAUGAGGUCAACUUUCAAGAUUAUUUGCUACACUAAAACUUCAACAGUUAAUAGUAAUUGUUAGCAACAAAUGCUAGUUAGUGGCAGUCACUCCUACUUCUGCUUUGAUUUUGACGCCAAAUUUAGUUAAGUUCCAGUCGUGGUUAAUUACUUCAAAAAUGAAAUAUCACUAACACGUGGAAAUUCAUACUUUCUAUAGAUUAGGUUUCUUUGUAUGGGUUUAGAAAGAGAGCAAUAGCUGGAGAAAAUCGAUUAUUUAUUUGCUCACUCUGUAUUUUUAUUUAGGUUUCCUUUUACAUACAUUCUUUUUAUAUGCUUUUCUGUCAUUGCAUAUUUAAAAAUAACUGAAAAUAAUUUAAAGGUUUGAGCAUUUGUGGGUAAUACCCACUUGGUUUGAAGAUGUAAUAUUUGAUACUGUACUGUAACUGUCACACACAAAUGCUUUUCUAAUGUUUUAAUGUAACUAUUGCAGUUAAUACUUUGUACCAUGGGGAUGUCACUGCAAUAAAAGGAAGUGAAUUCAAUACAA